AUGAACGAGGGCGAGCUCGCCUCCUUGGUGCGUGGCGCCCUUCAACUCCCGCCAGGAGCGGCCGAUGUGGCCGAGGUGAGCGAAAAUGGCUCCGGCAAGACCUACCGGGUCUGUGCGGGCGGCACGACUGUGGCCCUCCGGCUGACCCCGCCUGAUGAGCGCGACUGCUUCUUCACACGCCGAAUGCAAGCUGCAGCGAGGGCGUUCGCCGGCGCCGGCCUCGGCCCACGGCCCAUUGCUGAGGGCGAUGGCCCCAAUGGUGGCGGGUGGUGGGUGGAGGAGUGGGGCGGCUCGCGGUCUUUGCCUUGGACCUCGAGAGAGGAAUACGCUGCUAUGGGCCGGCUGCUCGCUAGGAUGCAUGCGGUGCCGACAGAGUGGUUCGAUGCCAGUCGCGCCGAGGCGGCACGGCGGUGGCCGCUGCUUGAGCGCGUGACGGCGGGGAGCCAUGCCUGGGUGGGUCUUGCGUGGGGCCUAUGGGAGGCCUCCGCCGAUGAGCUCGCCGAAUCGGGCGAUCCAGAGGACGUGGCGAUUGGCCGCGCGCUCGCCGCCUUUGCACAGGCCCGCGGCCCUUCUGGCGACGAACAGCUCUUUCUCGACUGGGCGCAACUUUCCGGCGCGCUCGCGCCGGAGCACCCGGCGGCGCGGCGCGUCGUGACAACGCACGGCGAUGUCCACCCGGGCAACGUGUUGCAGUCUGGCCUCGUCGUCGACUUUGAGAACAGCUGCGUCUGCAGCGCGAUCUAUGACCUUGCCUUUGUUGUCAACUCUGAGGCGCGCAGCGCCCGCAUGAAGAGGCCUCCUGUGCCCAGCUUCGUGACGGGCGAAUCCGAGGCGGCGGCUGCGCGCGCCUUUGUGGAGGGCUACCUCGCGGCGGGCGGGUGGGAAGCGGCGGGCUGGGCGGCGGAGGCGGCCGUCGACCUCUUGCUGACCGACUGCAUGCUAUACGGCUUUUUGCUCAAGGAGUGCGGCAGCCUCUUCUGGACCAACUUUUUCGAUGGCGAGCGCACAGACGCGGCGAGCGCGAGAGCGCACCUGCAGGCGUGCGAGCGCUUCGCGGCGGGCGUGCGCGCCGGCGGGGCGGCGGCGCACCGCGCCGUUGCGCGGGGUGGAGGGCCCGAGUGGGAGGGCAAGGCAUGGCCGUGCCGGCGCGUGUGCGACGAGGCGGCGCCUGUGUGCGGUGACCAGUGGCUCUAA